AUGACACCUCGUCUGGUAACGCCGAUUUAUGCGGCCGAUGCCAAUUUAAUCGUCUCCCUCCUUGACAUCCACGUCACUCCUCACGCAGAAGGCGAGCAGUCAGCGCCAUUGGAGAUUCUCGAAUCCGGAACUGGACAUGGCUCGCUAACUCUGCAUCUUGCGCGCGCAAUUCAAGCGGCCAAUUCGAACUCACCACCAUUACCGGAGAAAUCCCAAAUCCAAUACCCACGGGACCGGCCACUCCGGCCAAACGAGGACGCACCCAAAACGCCUCGAAAAGAGCAACGAUCCGACGUUGACGCCGCGGAGGAUCCAAAACAGAGGCAAUGGGAUACCUGGCGAGCGUCUCGUGGCGCUGUCGUUCACACCGUCGACGUAUCCCCAAAAUUCUCUGUCCAUGCUGAGAAAACCGUCCGCGGCUUUCGACGGGGGAUUUAUGCAGGAAAUGUCGACUUCUACGUAGGCCACGUGGAGGACUGGGUCACAGAGCAGAUCAAGCAACGCACAGCUGCUUCAUUAGCAUCAACAGGCCCUCUGUCCUCCCUCACAAGCUGCGAUAAUACCUCCCCCGACCCCUUCCUCUCAUACGCAAUCCUGGACAUGCCCUCCUCCAAUUUGCGGAUCCCACAUGUCGCUCAGAUCCUGAAACGGGACGGUUUCCUUGCCGUGUUCAUGCCCAGCAUCACACAAAUCGGCGAGUGCAUCGACAUCAUCCGUCGACAGCAACUCCCAUUUGUUCAGGAGAAGGUCGUCGAACUCGGUGCUGGUAUUAGUAACGGCCGUCAGUGGGACGUCCGCUUUGCUAUGAAGAAGUCGCGGGCCGAUCCGUCUUCUUGGACAGAGUCUUCAUCAUCCACCGAGUCGGAUGAGGGAGCCGUUCAAAAGGAUCAGGAAGAGCCAUCGUCGUCGUCGAAUGUCGAGGAAGAAGCACUAAAAGAGGAAGAUAGCGUCUUGGUCUGCAGACCCAAGGUUGGAACUAGGAUCGUAGGUGGUGGAUUUGUGGGAAUCUGGAGACGAAUCGAGGAUUCUGCCAGGAAGUAA